AUGAGUCAUAAUGAAAAGCCUGUAAAAUUCAGUGAAGAGAAUUUCAAAACAUGGCAACAGAAAAUGUUGUUUUAUUUGACGACAUUAAAUCUGGCCAAAUUUUUUAAGGAUGAUCCUCCUGCUAUUAGAGAGGAUGAAGUGGAUGCAUCAACCGCAUUCAACAUUACCGAAGCAUGGAAGCACUCUGAUUUCCUAUGCCGUAACUACAUCUUCAAUGGUUUGUCUGAUGCACUUUAUGAAGUAUACAACGUAAAGAAAACUGCUAAGGAACUAUGGGAAUCAUUGGACUAUAAAUACAAAACUGAAGAUGUUGGUGCUAAGAAAUUCUUAGUUGCCAAAUUCUUAAACUUUGUGGAGGCCAUUAUUGAAAAGCUUUCGCCUGCUUGGAAUGACUUUAAGAAUUAUCUAAAGCAUAAAAGAAAAGAAAUGACUGUGGAAUAUCUGAUUGUGAGACUUCGGAUUGAAGAAGACAAUCGAUGUGCGACUAAAAGGCUAAAUAAAACAGCCAAUCAUAACAUUGACAAGGCAAAUGUGGUGGAAGUAGAAAAAAACUUCAAGAAAAGAAAGCAAGCUCAAAUUGAGUCUAAACUAGGACCAAAAGUUAACUUGGUUAAUUCAAAUCCAAGAGAAUUAUGGCUUGAUACUGGUGCCACAUGCCAUAUUUGUUGUGACAAGGACUCCUUUGCUGAGUUGGUUUCUUGUGAGAAAGGAGAAAAGCUCUAUAUGGGCAAUGCUGCAACUUCCAAGAUCAAGGGGAAAUGCACUGUAAUUUUAAAGAUGACUUCUUGA